GUGUUGUUGACCGAUAUUUGAAUUUUCAUUUUUACGAACGAGAAACUAUCGGUUUCAAUCUUAAAUUUUUAACGAAGAUAUUGAAGUAAAUGACGCAGAAAGAUACACCACCAUCCUCUCCAGCCAACAUGCAUAAUCAGAUGGAGGAUGAGGAUAUGAUAUAUGCGGAUAAUGUUGAAGAAGUGAUAGAGGCGUAUGAAGUGGAUAUUAGAGAUGAAGAUAUAAUUGAAGAUCCUGUAGAAGCAAGCAACGCUUCGUGUGUAUUCACUGGCCAUGAACGAGGGUCAGUUUUUUGUGGUUUCUUGACUAAAAAUGGAAAAUUAGCUGCCUCUGGAGGUGAAGAAGAUAAGGCUUACAUUUGGGAUACAUCAUCUGGAGAGAUUAUUCUUGACUGUACCGGACACAAAGAUAGUAUUAUCUUUUCAGAAUUUAGUCACGAUGAAUCUUACCUAGCUACUGGAGACAUGAGUGGUAUGAUACAAGUUUGGCGAGUGAUGGAUAAAGUUAAGAUUUGGGAUUACAACAUGGGGGAUGCAACAUGGAUGAAAUGGCACAUUGCUGCAAAUGUUCUGUUAGCAGGAUCUGUUGAUGGAGAAAUAUAUAUGUGGAAAAUACCCGAUGGAGAUUGCAAAGUAUUUCAAGGAUAUGGUUGCCGGGCAGAGACUGGUGUAAUAUUCCCAGAUGGCAAACGUAUGGCAGUUGGUUAUGAAGAUGGAAUGAUUAGGAUAAUAGAUUUGAAAACAAGCUCAAUCUUAUCAUCAAUAACUUCCCCAUUAGGUCAUUCCUCUACCAUAACUAGUCUUGACUGUCAUCCAGAUAAUAAUCUAGUCCUUUCAGCAGCUGUAGAUGGAAAAACUAUAGUUAGUACUGCAAGUACAGGCAAGAUAGUUUCUGUUCUACAAAAUUUAAAUUAUCGCGAACAAAAUAGUAUUGCGGAUACUAACCAAGAUGCUGAGAGUAGUGAAGGAAAUGUUGAUAGUAAUUGGGUGGAGACUGCAGCUUUCUGUAAGGAUCCUGUACUUCCAGUUGCUGCAACUGGCACAGUUAAUGGAGAAAUCUUUAUCUGGGAUAUCUCAAAACAGGUAAUACCACUUUUACUACUUAAAUAUAACCCUAUGUGGUAUUGCAGAAACUGACUUUUACCGGAAUUAUGAUUAGAUGGUUUUCUCAGGUGUUUUGAUGCAAGAACUGGUCAAUGUAUACAUUCGUUCACAGGACACACUGCAGACAUUCUUGAUCUAUAUAUAUCUGAAAACGGAGAAAAAGCAUUAACGACAUCUGAUGAUUCUACAGCUAGGAUUUUUGAUAUUUCAACUCUAUCAUAAUGUGAUCUAUUGUAUAGAAAAAGUAUAUAAAUCUUUGUUAUUAUCUAAAAUCUAUGUACAUUUUAUGAAAGUUGUUCAUAUAUAUAUAUCG